AACCAGUCGAGUGGUACCUCCAACAAGUACCACAAUUCACAUACACACACUUCAUGGUUCCUAAUCUAGACCCAUAUUAUGCAGCUAUCACCACUAUUAUUUGCCUUGUUCGCGUCUGCAGCCGUCGCGCAAGAAAAAUGGGGGUUCAGGGCCGGUGAUGGCUUAUGCACAGCCAGCCAAGACCGUCGCUGUGCAAGCAUGAACGCAAAAUGUGGUAGAUACGGAGAUGCCAAGGGCAGAUACACGACCCAAGCAUGCGAACUCAAAGAUGCAACGUGCCCGUGCUUUCGCCAGAUCUAUAAUGGUGCCCCCCUGGGCGUUAAGCUCUCUCCGAAUAAAUAUGGUUACACUUGCGGUUGUUUAAACGCCUUUUGAACGUUGUCGUGAUGGAAAUGCAAGUUUGGUUUCACGGUGGUUGGAAGGACAUGGACGGAUGCAUCUUUGAGGAAAUCAUGCUUGUCAAAGAAAAGGAAGAAACUCAAUGUUAUGUACCAACCAAGCAUUUUCUAUCGUGCGGGGCAAGAAAGGAUACAUACCUACAUUCCCUCCAAUAAACCAAGCCUUCAAGAAAC